ACCGUCAGGUGCGCACGCGCACUUGCAGGCUUGUUUAGCCAGCUUCACGGCACCCGGAAUGGGACAAAACAGGUGUCGCGAGAGUUGGGCGCAAGAAGCCUUGUAGGGACUGUAACUAUGGCGGGCCUGCGGAUCGAAGGUGAACAGGAGCCGCUGUUAGGCGACACACCUGGAAGCAGAGAAUGGGACAUUUUAGAGACUGAAGAGCAUUAUAAGAGCCGAUGGAGAUCUAUUAGGAUUUUAUAUCUUACUAUGUUUCUCAGCAGUGUAGGCUUUUCUAUAGUGAUGCUGUCCAUAUGGCCAUAUCUCCAAAAGAUUGAUCAGACAGCUGAUACAAGAUUUUUGGGCUGGGUGAUUGCUUCAUAUAGUCUUGGCCAAAUGGUAGCUUCACCUAUAUUUGGUUUAUGGUCUAAUUAUAGACCAAGAAAAGAGCCUCUUAUCGUCUCCAUCUUCAUUUCCGUGGCAGCCAACUGCCUCUAUGCAUAUGUCCACAUCCCAGCCUCUCAUAAUAAAUACUAUAUGCUGGUUGCUCGUGGAUUGUUGGGAAUUGGAGCAGGAAACGUAGCAGUUGUUCGAUCAUAUACUGCUGGUGCUACUUCCCUUCAAGAAAGAACAAGUUCCAUGGCAAAUAUAAGCAUGUGUCAAGCAUUAGGUUUUAUUCUAGGUCCAGUUUUUCAGACUUGUUUUGCAUUCAUUGGAGAAAAAGGUGUGACAUGGGAUGUGAUUAAACUGCGGAUAAACAUGUAUACAACACCAGUUUUACUUAGCGCCUUCCUGGGAAUUUUAAAUAUUAUUCUGAUCCUUGCUAUACUAAGAGAACAUCGUGUGGAUGACUCAGGAAGACAGUGUAAAAAUAUUAAUUUUGAAGAAGCAAGUAGCGAUGAAAUGCAAGUUCCCCAAGGAAAUAUUGACCAAGUUGCUGUUGUGGCCAUCAAUGUUCUGUUUUUUGUGGCUCUAUUUAUCUUCGCCGUUUUUGAAACCAUCAUUGCUCCAUUAACAAUGGAUAUGUAUGCCUGGACUCAAGAACAAGCUGUGUUAUAUAAUGGCAUAAUACUUGCUGCUCUUGGGGUUGAAGCAGUUGUUAUUUUCGUAGGAGUUAAGUUACUUUCCAAAAAGAUUGGCGAGCGUGCUAUUCUACUGGGAGGACUCAUCAUUGUAUGGGUUGGCUUCUUUAUCUUGUUACCUUGGGGAAACCAAUUUCCCAGAAUACAGUGGGAAGAUUUGCACAAUAAUUCAAUCCCUAAUACCACAUUUGGGGAAAUUAUUAUUGGUCUUUGGAAGUCUCCAAUGGAAGAUGGCAAUGAAAGACCAACUGGUUGCUGGAUUGAACAAGCCUGGUGCCUCUACACCCCAGUGAUCCAUCUGGCCCAAUUCCUUACAUCAGUUGUGCUAAUUGGAGUAGGCUAUCCAGUCUGUAACCUUAUGUCCUAUACUCUAUAUUCAAAAGUUCUAGGACCAAAACCUCAGGGUGUAUACAUGGGCUGGUUAACAGCAUCUGGAAGUGGAGCCCGGAUUCUUGGGCCUGUGUUCAUCAGCCAAGUGUAUGCUCACUGGGGACCACGAUGGGCAUUCAGCCUGGUGUGUGGAAUAGUGGUGCUCACCAUCACACUUCUAAGAGUGGUUUACAGAAGACUCAUUGCUCUUUCUGUAAGGUAUGGGAGGAUUCAGGAAUAAACUAGCUAAGACUAUGAUGGAAACUA